AUGGAUAAUAACAAAAGCAAAGCCAAUAAUCCUAAACUUGCAAACAUUUAUUUCUAUACGACAAUGGAUGUUCUCUUGAUUACCCACCUAGAUCGUAUAAGGAUAUGGUGGUGUCGGAGAUCUACAGUAGCAGCGACAGUGGGCGGUGAUGGCAGCUUCGUUGCUUCCACUUCCUGUUCCGUCGAGCUCGAUGAGGAUGGAGGCAAACUGAGAUGGGUACGACGGAGGGAAGAAGUAGCAGUGGAUGGUCGUGGUUGGAAGGCCUUGGUUGCCUCGCUAUCUUCUUCGUUUUCUGGGCAGCAGGUCGUCGAGAGGGAGGUAGUAGGAGAUGGGAUGAGGUUUGAUGUUGUUUGGUGGUGA